AUGUCUCAAAAAGCCUGUUACGUGUGUGGUAAACUUGGUCACCUUGCUGAAAACUGUGAAUCUGAAAGACUAUGUUACAAUUGUGGUAAGCCAGGUCAUUUACAAACUGAAUGUACUGAACCAAAGAGUCUAGAUAACAAGCAAUGUUACAAUUGUGGUGAAACCGGUCAUGUCAAGAGUGAAUGUACUGUUCAACGUUGUUACAACUGUAAUGAAACUGGUCACAUCUCUAGAGACUGUCCAGAACCAAGAAAGCCAAGAGAAGGUGGUAGAGGUGGUAACUCUAGAAUGACUUGUUACAAGUGUGGUGGUCCAAACCAUAUGGCUAGAGACUGUAGAGGUUCUGAAUCCAAGUGUUACAAGUGUGGUGAAUCUGGUCAUUUAGCUAAGGAUUGUUCCAACGAAGCUUUGUGUUACAACUGUAACCAAACUGGUCACAUCUCUAAGGACUGUCCAAAUUAA